UUGCAUCGUCCCCGAUCUCGCCCCGAUGUUGAAUUCAACCUCUGUUCCCAUUUUCUUCAACAAUCACUCACUAUUUCUCACAAAAAUACUGAAAAUUAUCACCACGCCGGCUAAUUCGAAAAUUCCUCCUAACGUAAUGGCGGCAAACUGACGCCACGCUGCGCGCGCAUACAAAAUGGAGGGCGCUGCGCAUCGUUUGAAAUCUACCUUUUCUAUAUCGAUAAUUCAGUUUCUACGAUUGAGAUUACCGAUCAAGAAAUCGAAAAGAAAAUUAUACGAAUUUCUUUCAUGGAUUUUCUUAGACAGACAAAAUUAUAAAAUAAAACUAUCGUACAACUUUCUUUCUUUUAACUACAGUGAAUUAAUCGAGAAUCUUAUUAAUGAACGCGUGUCUAAUUUCAUCUUUGCCAAUCAUUCACGCGCAUCGAUGGUAAAAGAUUCAAUGACGCUACGAAAUUCCAUGAACCCGUGCCAGAUGCCAGUAGAGUCAGAGUCAGUUCGUGCUGCUCUCUGCAGGAGAUCUCAGCAACAUUAUAACAAGAUUCCUCUUAUCGAAAUUUAUUACAUAGUUAAAUAAAACUUUUGAACGUUGCGCGUUACAUUUUACAGAUAAACCUAAUAAUGUUCGCCAUCGUUGCGAUUAAACGAACGAUAUGUACCACGAGGAUCGUCCAUUCUAUUCGACAAUUAAAUCCAUCACGAGUUUCAGUCAAGAACGAACGAAUCAACUUAGGAUGAUUAACCUAAACAAAGGAACACCUUGCAGCAGUAAUUAAUUUACAUGCUAAAAACAAAAUGACAUUUAAUAAUCAAAGAGGUAUAUGACAAAGACAAGAUACUAUUUUCAAACGAUAAUAAUUCAGAAUUAAAAAUCUAAUCAAAUUGCAGGUAAUUAGAGGCAUAGAUAGACGCAACAGGUAUAUACAGAAUACAGUAAUAAAUGCAUGGCGUUUAGGAAUUUCCAAUCAGUAAUCGAGAAAAUCAGAUCGAUCAAUUCACGGAACAUUUGAAUUAAUGACGCACACUUGUCGCCAUCGACGAGCACGUCCAAUCUUUUCUACCGAUCUAUGAAAUAAUGCUUUCAUAUAUAUAUUUUUCUCAAAGUUGUCUGUUCUCGGUAAAAGAAUUAUUGAAAAAAAAAAAAAUGUUCGAAACUCGUGUUAAUUUUGUAUUCUUUUGCAGGAUAUCUUAAAAGGUGUUGAAACACGAGUAUAGCUAAUCUCGACUCGUUUUCACCGCGACUCUCGUCGAUAAUUCGAACGGCAAAUUUUUUUUCUACUUUUUUUACGAAUGCUCCUCUAAUUGUACUCUCAAUUUGCAAGUCAAACAGGCGGAAGAGUACUAUAUUUACGAAGGCAUGAGAAAACAGCUUCGAUGACGUCACUGUUUAAAGGUCUACCGUGUUCUUCUGGCGCUAUUCGGUGCCGUUUUAUUUCUGCUUGGGUAGACCAACACCGGACCAGGACCAACAGAUCCGAGCAGACAUGCGAAACCGUCGAGCGAAACUAUCUUCAUAUACAUUUAUACUGGAAGCGUUUACAGCAUAUCAUUGAUAAUCAUGCUGAAAAUUGAUCGACGAUCGUCUCUUGGAUACUCCGUUUGUUUAACGUUAGAUUCGCGAUGCAACUUUAUUGGUUUUACAAAAAUAGGUGUCUACUAAAUUUCAUGGAAUUUCUAUCGUGACCGUCUUCUUUUUAAUACCACAUUUAUAUCAUUGAAUUUCGAGGAGAGAAAAUUUUUUCAACUGAGAAGAUUGAUGAAUAUUAAAUCAGAAAAUUGAAAUGUUCAAAAGAUGAUUAUAUUAAACAAACAACUGGCAGAAUGGUGAACGAAAGAACUCCUAAAUUCGAGGCUCAAGUUAUGCACGCUAUACGUAGGCUACAGACUGUUAAAGGAUCUACUCAACGAGAAAUCAGCAAUUAUAUUUCCCAGGAAUACGAUCUUCCUUUGCAGGAUGUCAGACGACAAGUUCAGCUCGCUUUGAAGCGAGGGGUUACGUAUGGGAUUCUUCAACGAAUGAAGGGAGGAUGUUUCACGUACAAUCAACAGCUGUUCGAUGGACAUUCGUUGGAGACAGAGGUCGAGAUUCCGUGCAAAGGGCGAAGGAGGCGGCGUAAAUCUCGCCGAUCGCGAAGGCGUCGAAAAUCGAGGAAAAGACAGCGGGGAAAAACGAGGAGCAAAAAAGCGGAGGAGAUUGUCAAGGAAAUCGAUGGAACAGAUUUGAAAAUGCUGACCAAACAAGCCAAGAGAAGCAGCACCCUCUUAAGAAGAGACGUCCCUGAAAGCGAGGCUUCUUCUACCACGUGGAAAUCCGACGAAAUACGGGAAUGAUCCCCUUUCCAUAGUCUACACACUCUACAUUCUACAGACAAAGAUUUACUCAAGAAAAGGAAGCGGAUGCAACUGGUAAACACCGGUGUAGAAUGUUUGCGCACAUCCAUUUAAAUGCAUUUUCCAAUUCAAACACCUUCUGCAAGCUCCUUCGUACUGGGAACUCGAGGUAGACUAUGCUUUCAGUAACGAAACAGAAAUAAAAUAAGCCUUUUACAUUGCACAAGGCUUUCAAACGGUAAUACAUUAUAUCAACUUGGAAUUCAAAUAGAAAAUCUUAACAAUUCCUUUUUCUUUGCAGUUCAUUAAUGAUAUCAUCUCAAAGAAGAAACUGAAGAGUAAUUUGAAGAGAAAUUGAAUAUUCAUUGUGUAUACACGUUUUUAAAUAUCCUCUUGAAUUAAUUUUUGUACCUGGUAUCUUUGUAUGUGUAUUUGAAAUUUUUAAUAAUGAAUAUAAGUUUUUCUGUA